AAAAAAUGUUCAAUAUUAGUAUUUAAAUAAAAAUGCAAAUUAAAUCCAUGAGAAAGCUCAGCAAUGCAAAAAAUAUAAAGAGUAAUUCCAUGUUUUCAUUUAACAAGCAGAUAACUAUGUAUAUUUGUAUGUUCAUUUUACAAGCAGACAACUAUAGCUAAGAAAUGAUUGUUUUAAGGUCAUAAAACUAGUAGCUAACAGGAUUUGGCUCUGACUCUGCUGCAUCAGUGCUAAGGGAGCAUCUUCCAUGUGAUACAUGCUUUUGUAUAGUUUUAUUUAAUAUUUUCACACCAACUCAGUGGUGGAGGUAAUACUCCCAUUUAUUCAAGUAAAAUUAAACUCGGGGCCACUAAGUAAACCUCUUCAAGUCACACAGAUGGCAUGUGAGCUCAGCAACAUCAAGAUAUGGUCACUCUGACCAUUCAACUCACCCAACACCUACACUUUACUUCUUCGCUUUCUAGUUGAUUUCUCUGUCCUUUGACCCAAUUCCAGAAGUGUGUUUUGUCACUUCCAAAUAUACCUAAAAUAGAUCCUUUGCCUCAAACAACAUGAAAGUUCUACAAUACUUUAAGGCAGGCCCUCCUCUGCAGUCAGGUGGCUUCAGAGGACCCAGGAGAGUUCUUUCCGUCAUUAGUAUCUGGAAUGUCAUCAGGGAACAAUCAAGAUUUUCCAUCCACAAUGAGAGAAAAGUCUUAAAAUGUAGCACCUCUCUUUCCCUGUAUGACUGAUAUUAGUUCCUUUCUUAAUAACACACUUCCCUUUGAGAGGAAUAGGAGGCUAAGUACCUGGAGAAAUUACUCCUGAGGAAGAAGGAGGAGAAGAGGAAGGGCUGUAGUGAGGGGCUGACUCAGGGACAGACCCCUGGAGCAGUAGCAGUAGUCCAGAUACAAACCAUACAUUUGUGUAAUGUCUGUAUUUAACACAGCAGUCAUACGGACUUGUGGGAAAACAACAGACUGUUGAAUGAAUGGUUCUGGAACAAUGGGAUAUCGAAAAGAAAAAAACCUACAUGGAACCAUAUACAGAAAAAUAAGUUCUAAGUGGAUUAAAGACUUAAAAGUCAAAUGGACUUUUGGAAGAAUAUACAGGUGAAGAUCUUUAUGACCUUGUAUAGGGAAUAUUUCUUAAACUAGACACAAAAAGUAGAACCCAAAAGAAACAGAUUGAUAAAUUUGACCCCAUUAAAAAAAAUGGUAAAAGACAAGCUCCAAGGUGGAAGGGGUUUGUAUUUUAUAUUAUCAACAAAGAAACAUAAAACAAAGAGUAAAAAAAUCAAUUUUCUAAAAAAGGACAGCCCAGAAAGACAAUGGACAAAAGAUGUAAAUAGGCAUUUCACAACGAAGAAAAAAAUUGGCAAUAAAAAUGAAAAGACCUCGGCCAAGAAAUGCAACUUAAAAUCCACAGUGAGAUGCUAUUUCACACCUAGAUCAGCAAACAUUUAAAACUUUGACACCAAGAAUUGUGAGAAUGUGGAGCAAAAAGGAACUCACACAUACUACUACAUUGCCAUUGUAAAUUAGAAGCUCCACAUCAGAAAACUGACAUUAUCUUGCAGAGUUGACACACAUGCCCAAAUAUUCAGGAUCAGCAGUGAAUGCUAAACAGCCACUAUGAAGGUGUCAUACACAUGCACCAACAUACCAUUUGCAUAGAUUACACCAUUUCUAGAAAGUUUAAAAAUAUGAAAAGGUAAAUAUGUUUGGGAUACAUGCAACAGUAUGUGGAGAUGGCUUGUGCCAACCUGAGAGGAAUUGGUACGUGCUAUAAUUCAGGGCUGUUUUUUUUUUUUUUUUUUUUUCCUUCUGGCAAGCUUGUUAAACAUUUACCAGUACACUACCAGAUACAAGGCAUAGUAUUGGGUUGGCCAAAAAGUUCAUUCUAGUUUUUCUCUUCAAUGAUUUGGAAAAACCUGAACAGACUUUUUGGCCAACUCACUAAUAAAAUAAUAGAGCAAGAGAAUGAUAAGUAGGGAGGGGAACACAGGGGCAACUGUCCUUCAAUAACAAAUAUUCUAAUGCUACUCUUGUGCAUGUAGACUAUUUCAUAAGAAAAAAAUAUCUGGGCUGAAGCCAGGGUCUGUGGUGGGUGUGGUGGGGAGGGCCUGAGCAGAGCCGGCAGCACAGGUGAGUAUGAGAGAGAGAAUGGUUAGUUGGGCAUUUGCUGGUGCUACAGGUGGGUGUGAGAGGUAAGAGCAAGUAUGAGGGGGCAGAUCACAGAGUGUGUGCCAGGAUGAACAGCUUGGAUUAACUGGGUAGUCAGUGGAGUGAGGUCUUGGCAGGGUAGAGAUAAGGUGGCAGGACAGGGAGGAAGUCAUGGUGGCCUUGCUGAGAGAAGAAAGCCAAGCAAGGCCAUGGCUAGGAGAAGGACAAGCAGAGCAGGAGCUUGAGAGGUGUCUAGGAGGUAAAAUGGUCUGAGCUUGGUGGCUGGGUGUGAGUGACUGAGAGGAAAACGGCACCGCUGCCCUCAAGGAGGUGCAAUGGAACUCCCCGCUCUUUAACGGCGGGUUAUGAAAUGACUUCCUUCCAAAGAGUACAAGCCAGAAAUGGGUAAACCUGAGAAACACUGCCUCAGCAGGUGAUCAAGGAAGGUCAACGUCUUCAGCGAUAAGUCGUGAUGGUACACACCUUUGACCUGAUGGGAUGAGGACAGCACUUUACCUGUGUGGUCUUCCUUCCAAAAGCACCCCAGCCCCAGUGUAAAUCAUAAGAAAAUCAUCAAACAAAUCCAAUUGAGAGACACUCCACAAAAUACCUGACCAAUACUCUCAAACUGUCAAAGUCAUCAAAAACAUGGAAAUUUUGAGAAAUAGCCAUAAACAAGAGGAGCCUAAGGAAACAUGACAAGUAAUUGUAAUGUUAUUUCCUGAAUCAGAUCCUGAAACAGGAAAGAAAAAAAAAAAAAACCCUAGGGCUUUUUUCACUAGGGUGAAAACUAGGAAAUCUGAAUAAAGUAUGGGGUUAUGUUAUAGAUUAUGUAUGUGCUCAGCCGCUCAGUUAUGUCUGACUUUUUGCGACCCCAUGGACUGUAACCUACCAGGCUUCUCUGCCCAUGUAAAUUUUUCAGGCAAGAGUACUGGAGUGGAGUGCCAUUUCCUACUCCAGAGGAUCUUCCUGACCCAGGGAUCGAACUCACCUCUCUUGUGUCGUCUACAUUUCUGGGUGGAUUCUUUACCACUGGUGCCACCUGGGAAGCCCCCAUAGAUUAUGUAUGGAUAUGGGUUAUUAUUUCUGACAAACGUACCAUUCUUGUGUAAUGUGUUUAUGAUAAGGGAAGCCUGGUGUGAGGCAUAUGAGAAUGCUAUCUUCACACCUUUCCUGAAAAUCUGAAAACAUUCUAAAAUAAAGAUUUAUUUUUUAAAAAUAGCCCAAUCUGUUUGUUCUGAAAACUUAAUUAAAACCAAUUUCUACUCUCCCUAGAAACUCUGGUUUCUUAUCAGGCUCACAGAGCCAGUCCUAGUUCUCUCAAUCCCGCCUCUACAGGAACAGGUGAGAAGGGGGUUUGCUUAGGAAGGAAGGACUACAACUCCCAGAGUGCCCCUGUGCGGUUGUCAGGAGCAACCAAGGAAUGCAGACUAACAGACCUGCCGCUGGAGUCAGGACUAUCCACCGACUGACAACCAGCCAGCCAUGGGCCAGGAUUAUUACUCUGUGCUCCAGAUCACUCGCAAUUCAGAAGAUGCUCAGAUCAAGAAUGCGUACCGGAAACUUGCCCUUAAGAACCACCCGCUGAGGUCCAUUGAGCCAGGUGCAGUGGAGACAUUCAGGCAAAUAGCAGAGGCCUACGAUGUGCUGAGCGACCCUGUGAAAAGAGGCAUCUAUGACAAGUUUGGAGAGGAGGGUCUGAAGGGCGGAAUUCCUCUGGAGUUUGGAUCGCAGACCCCAUGGACAACUGGUUACGUCUUCCAUGGCAACCCAGAAAAGGUUUUCCAUGAGUUCUUUGGAGGAGAUAACCCCUUUAAUGAGUUUUUUGAUGCAGAAGGAAACGAGGUAGACUUGAAAUUUGGGGGGCUCCGGGGCCGAGGGGUCAAGAAACAGGAUCCUCCAAUCGAACGAGACCUCUACCUGUCCUUGGAGGACCUAUUUUUUGGCUGCACCAAGAAAAUUAAGAUCUCCCGAAGGGUGCUGAACGAGGAUGGGUACUCCUCUACCAUCAAAGACAAGAUCCUCACUAUCGAUGUAAAGCCUGGUUGGAGGCAGGGCACACGUAUCACCUUCGAGAAGGAAGGGGACCAGGGUCCCAACAUCAUCCCAGCCGACAUCAUCUUCAUUGUAAAAGAGAAGCUACACCCUCGCUUCCGCAGGGAGAAUGACAACCUCUUUUUUGUGAACUCCAUCCCCUUGGGCAAGGCUCUGACCUGCUGCACCGUAGAGGUGAAGACCCUAGAUGACCGUCUGCUCAACAUCCCCAUCAAUGACAUCGUCCACCCCAAGUACUUCAAGAAGGUGCCAGGGGAGGGGAUGCCACUGCCAGAGGACCCCACCAAGAAGGGGGACCUCUUCAUUUACUUCGACAUCCAGUUCCCCACCCGCCUCACACCCCAGAAGAAGCAGAUGCUGCGCCAGGCGUUGCUGACAUAA